GCAGCUGUUUCUGAGGUGAAGAGGUUAGGCUCUGGCUCUCUUGUCUCUAAAAACAAUCUCAGAUCUGUAGGAACAAUGAUUGAGAAGAAAGAGGGAACUUUACCUGGCACUCCUGAUUCAGAAGCACUUGCUCUGACUUAUCAGCACCUAGAGGCAACAACUGCUCAGGCACAGGCAGAUGUCAAGUCAGCAUUCAUGAGGCUGACUGAAAGCUUGCGCUCCCGUGAAAAACAGCUGUUGAGGCAAAUUGAUGUUGCGCACAGUCAACAGCUCUCACUGAUUCAAUCCAGAUCUGAAAAUGCUUUGUCAGAGAGGAUACCUCAUGUAACAGUACAACUUGACCAGGAAAAUAUCAUCAGUGAAACCAUAUCUUCGUUAGGAUUGGUGGGUCUUACGGGAGGAAAUCUGCUUGUUCUAGAAGGGGAUGGAUCAUUUCUUCAAAGAGUGGAGGACUAUCAGGAUGCCAAUCAAGACCACAUGUCUAUGUUUAAGCCUGUGCCUCUUGAUUCUUCUUCAUCUCCAAUCCAAGAGACAGUAAUCCGUUUUAGCCACAUUUCUUUGCCUCAAAAUUCGCCUAGAGAGGAUGAAGAUAUUCAUCAAAAUGGCAAGUCCCAGACAGAUGUAGAAAGUCCCGUUCAUGUAAAUGAGAAUCGUGAGUCUGAUGACCUGAAAAGUGGGGGUAGUACUCACAAGAGACAACACCCAACUCAAGUACAGCAGUGGCUUAAACAGUUGUCUGCUGAGACAGAAACAGAGCCCUCAAUAGGGGAGCCCAAAAAUUUUGAGCCUCUGCAAUGAAAUAUGUUAAGUUCCGUUUAGGUUGCUUUCCACAAGUACUAAUCCUACAUUUGAAGAACAAGGCUCCAAAGUUAAUUUGUUUGAGAUUCUAAUGGCUGUUCAAUCCAUUGUGCAUUGUGAAUGUCAUGUCAGGUAUGAGAACUACGGCGGUACUUUUGUCAUGGUCCCAUAACACACAAAUACCUCACAAAUAUGUCCUUGUGAUCUUUCUGUGUUUAAUUGGGUAACUUCCUCUAUCAUUUAACGUGAAGUUAUCAGACAUGUCUUUUUUAUCUGUAGUUUUGUCUUCCCAUUGAUGUUGAUCUCAUAUAAAUAUUUCAAUACAUCAAAGCACAUCAAUCUACAGUUCCUGACAUGCCUACAAUCCAUAUUUUGUCCUAGUCAGCUCUAUUCCAGAUUGCAGUUCCCCUAUAGUGCAUAACCUUUUCUAUUGUCUAAUUGAAUGGGCAAUUAAAAAAAUUGACCUGUGGAAAUAAUUUUGAGAUUUGUGUUAAUAUUGUGCAUUGACGCCAUGUAGACUCAAUCGUUCCUCAAAAUUGACUGAUGUAUGGGUGCAUAUGCUGUUUCUAUCAUCUUUAAUAUGAUUUUAACUCAGGCAUUAUGUGAAUGGUUACCCUUUAACAACAGAGACUAUUAUCAUAUGCUUUAAGUGAGAAUUGAGUGGGGUCAGAGAAGUCUUUUGACUUUUCUGUGUAAUUAUGCACUGAUUUUUACCUUUUUUAAGUGGUUGGUUGCAAGACCUUCGUUUUUACCAUAGAUGUAACUUGUGCUGGGUUUACUGUGAACUUGUGAGGGUGGAAUGAUUGUUGUGUAAAGAUCCUGAGUUGUGUAAACAAAUCCUUCCUGUAGUGUAAAUCAAGGUCCAAAACAAUUUUUCCGGCUUAUACAUGUUCUUUCAUAACUGCCAUUGUAAAUUUAGAAUUUGAAUUCUGUAGUUUGGAUACAAUUAACUGUGGGUUUACAGUUAGCCUUUUGUGAUUGUUUUGUUUUUAAUUAUGUAUACCUUUAAUGUAAUUAUAGCCCCAGCACUUUCUUUUUAUUGUCCAAUCUAGUUCUGUAGUUUUUAAGAAAUAUUUUAGAUCAGGAUACCGAUGGCUUUCAAAGAAAACUAGAUGCUUUCAUAAUUAUUGAUACUACUGCUAAGAAGUUUUGGUUCAGACUUACUUAAAUCUAUAAGCUACUUCUCAGUGGCUUUACAUUUACCUAGGGUGUGACAUAUCCAUAUCGGUUUAUUACUUUGUUAUUAAGAUCAUGAAUGAAAAUAUCAGCUUGGAAGAAAGGUAAGUGUAUUGGUGAAGGGCAACUGUGAACAAAGCAAUAAUGGCUCUUUACUAGUAGCAAGGCUUGUAAUGCUUUCCUACUGCCAAAUUUACUUUUUUUUUCUGACUUUUCAAACAAAACAUGUAAGAGAAAUCUAAAAGACCUUCUUGAUCCUUUUAUUCUCUAAUAAUCAUAAUCAUCCAUUGACAAUGCUACAAUAUAUUGUAUAUGAAGUAUAAAUAAAUAAGGUAGUAAAAUGAAAACCCAUGAGCAAAACUUAGUUACAAAAUACCCAUGAUAAUAAUAAUUAAUAAUUAAAACAAUAGAAUCAUGACCACAAAGCAAGUGGGAGUCACACACCACAACUGAGUGUUGAACUCCUGACUAGAUAACUAAGUAUUUUAGUAGUAGUAGUAGUAGUAGUAGU